AUGAAGUCUUUCUCAAUUCUCGCAGGCCUCGUUGGUCUUGCGUCUGCCAGCAACUGGAACGAGACAUGGACCCACUCUUCCUCUUCGUCUACUUCCUGUUCGUCUGACUUGACUUUGUCCUCCUCUUCCUCGGUCCUGGAGCACCAGCCCACUGGCUGGGUCAAGCCUACCGGCUGGGUCUCUGAGUCGAGCUCCUCUGCUUCCGAGUCCAAGCCUACCGGUUGGGUUAAGCCCAGCGGUUGGGUCCCUGAGCACAGCUCGUCGGUUGCUUCUUCCUCUUUUGAGCAGAAUGCUACCUCUACCCUCGUCACCUAUGUUACCACCACAGUAUGCCCUGCAACCACUGUUGUGAACGGUCACACUUCCGUGUAUACCACAACUUCUACACUUACCGUCACUAGCUGCAAGGGCGGCUGCUCCAAGCCCACCUCAGCCCCUUCGACCUGGGUUCCCUCUCCCAACGCCACAAGCACAGAGACUGUAUACACAACCACAUCGCUGUGCCCAGUGACUACCGUCAAGCAAGGCCAUACCUUCACAUACUUCACUACGAGCACUAUUGUUGUCACCAGCUGCAAGGGCGGCUGCUCUAAGCCUACCCAAUCUGUUCCGGACACUACCAAGACUUCGGAAGUCUACACAACGACCACUGUCUGCCCAGUCACUGAGACCACCGUCAGUGCUGGCAAGACCCUGACAAAGACGUACACUACGACUUCGACCCAAACUUUGACCUCGUGCAAGGGCGGCUGCUCUAAGCCUACCGAGACCCCCAAGCAGUCCUCCCAGAGUGUUUGGACUGCUCCUUACCCGAUCCAGAAUGCAACCACUCAGGGCCAUGCUGGUCCUUCUGGUGUCGCUCCCUCUGGUUGGGUCCCCGUUCCUGUCCACUCUCAAAAGACCAAGACCGUGACUGAAUCUGUCGUUACCACCGUGACUACUUGCUCAUCCGGCGAAGUUAUCACCACCGGCGGCUCGACGACCACUUUGACUCGCCCCUCGGUCAUCACAACCACCUACACUAGCUACGCUACCAUCACCGCACCUACUCAGGGCCAUAUCGUUCCCACUGCUCCUGUCUACAGCAAUGGAACCACCAAGUACAUCACCGAUGUUACAACCACUUAUCUGACCACAUGCCCUGUGACCAGCUCCUACGUCACUGGCGGUGUUACCAAAACAACAUCGUACAUCACCGUUUCGACCGCAACUUCGAUUAUCAAGGUUACCAAGUCCGGCUCAGUCCUGAUUCCUGCUACUUCUGCUCCUGAGGCACCCAAGCCCACCACCCUCACCAGAUACAGCACUACUGAGAUCACUGUUUCUUGCAAGAAGUGCGCCUCGGGAAGCCAGGUCAUUACCAGCUCGUACCCCGUCGUUGUUGUCUCAACUCCUGCUUCUUCGCCAGUGUCCGCUGUUGGAAACUCUUCGCCUGUCUCUUCUGGAAAGGUUACCGUUGUCGUCCCUGUCACACAAUACACCACAACUUGCCCCUACACCACCACUGAUGAGCACGGCUCGACUUCCGUCUUCUUGACAACCUCGAUCGUUAGCCACCCUGCCGAGAGCACCAAGGUCUCUUCCGCACCAGUCCAGAGCCAGCCCGCGUCAUCGCCUGUUGCCCCUGUCCAAUCGAGCAAGCCUGUGGUUCCUACCACUGCACCUGUUCAGUCUGCCCCCGUUGAGAGCCACCCUGCCCAGAGCUCCAAGGUUGAGACCACUGCACCUAUCCAAUCUGCUCCUGCUCAGAGCACCAAACCUGUCGAGUCUGCCCCCGUCCAGAGCACCAUGCCCGUCGAGUCUGCUCCCGUCCAGAGCACCAUGCCCGUCGAGUCUGCUCCCGUCCAGAGCACCAUGCCCGUCGAGUCUGCUGUUCAGAGCACCAUGCCCGUCGAGUCUGCUCCCGUCCAGAGCACCAUGCCCGUCGAGUCUGCUGUUCAGAGCACCAUGCCCGUCGAGUCUGCUCCCGUCCAGAGCACCAUGCCCGUCGAGUCUGCUGUUCAGAGCACCAUGCCCGUCGAGUCUGCUCCCGUCCAGAGCACCAUGCCCGUCGAGUCUGCUGUUCAGAGCACCAUGCCCGUCGAGUCUGCUCCCGUCCAGAGCACCAUGCCCGUCGAGUCUGCUGUUCAGAGCACCAUGCCCGUCGAGUCUGCUCCCGUCCAGAGCACCAUGCCCGCCGAGUCUGCUCCUGCCACCACUCCCGUUGCCAGCUCGCCCGUCAAGCCCACUGGUAACGUUGUCACUCAGAUCAGCGACGGUCAGAUCCAGGCUCCUGGCCCUUCAUCUGCUCCCGUUGCCCCCGUCAGCUCCGGCCCCGCCGCCUCUUCCAUCAAGUCUGUCCUGAGCAGCUCUGUUCAGGUCAACGUUCCUAGCAGCACCAGCGCCACUGUCGCCUCUGCUACCACCUCAACACCUGCUCAGUACACCGGUGCUGCCAGCAAGAGCAAUGCAAGCUUCAUGGCUGCCGCCGCCGCCAUGGUUGCUGUCUUCUUCUUCUAG